GCAGCCUCGAGGCCGUUAGGCCUGAGCCGCAGCUUCCUGCUGCUGCUACUGCUGCUGCUGAACUCGGGUUACAAAGGAGACAGCACCAAACCAGCUCAGUGCCUUUGGGUAGGCCUCUGCGCUUCUCUCACCUUUAGUUUCCCCUUCUUUGAAAUGGAAGCAAGUCCCUGAGUUUACAGCCUUGUGCAAAUUCCCCUGGGGGCAUCUUGGUCUUAGUCAUCCUUAGCCUCCUCUUUGUGGCCACUGUAUCUCCCUGGCACACUUGUUCCUGAAGCUUGUGGCCAACCUUGGUGGCCGAAGAAUUUGGACAUGUCCCGCCAUUGGCCCUGGGAAGUGAGCCUCCGAGUGGAAAAUGAGCACGUGUGUGGAGGGGCCCUCAUUGACCUCAACUGGGUGGUGACUGCUGCCCACUGCAUCCAAGGCACAAAAGAGUAUUCAGUACUUCUUGGCACCUCCAAGCUGAUGCCCCCGAAUGCCACGAGAACCAUCUUGAUCCCUGUGAGGGACAUCAUUAUGCAUCCCAAGUACUGGGGCCGGACCUUCAUCAUGGGUGAUGUGGCCCUUCUCCAACUUCAUAGUCCUGUCAUCAUCACCAAGUAUGUGCAGCCCAUCUGCCUUCCGGAGCCCAACUACAGCCUGAAGGUUGGGACACAGUGCUGGGUAACUGGCUGGGGCCAGGUUAAACAGCGCUUCUCAGCCAACUCCACGCUGGCCCCAGAUCUGCAGGAGGCCGAGGUGUUUAUCAUGGACAACAAGAAGUGUGACCAGAUUUACCGCAAGAAGUCCCGCAUCCCCCGCGUUGUCCCCCUUGUGCUGGGGGAUAUGAUUUGUGCCACCAAUUACAGAGAAGACUUGUGCUCUGGGGAUUCUGGGGGCCCAUUGGCUUGUGAAGUCGAGGGCAGAUGGAUUCUUGCUGGGGUGUUGUCCUGGGAAAAGGCCUGCGCCAAAGUACAUAAUCCGGGCGUGUAUACCCGUAUCACCAAAUACAGCAGAUGGAUCAAGAAGCAAAUAAGCAAUGGGAUUCUCUCAGUUCCCUGCACCUCUGCCUGGCUGCUACUCCUGUUCUGGCUGCUGCAGCCCCAGAUGGGCCCCUGAUCUUCACUCUCCCUUCUCCGUGCUUUGCCUUUGCUGAAUGAGGCCAGACCAAGAUUAGAUCAAGGUCAUGGAUCUGUAUUCAACAAGAGUCAAGAUGGGGAAAAAGUGGCCCUUGGAACUGAGUCUAGCUUUGGCCUCCUAGUGGGGAGGGAAGUGGUGGAUGACUAAGCCUUGAGUGACCAGGAGAAAGGAAGUGUGGCCUAGAAGUGCUCUGGAAUUGGGGACCAGGGUAACAGGGAUUAAAUUUGU